AGUGUACGUAUAUGUGUAUGUGCAUGUAUUGUGUUGUGUGCAUAGGGGUGUGUGUGUGUGUGACCCUCAAAUCACCCCCACCCCCACCCCGGCACCCGGGCAAGGGGAAGGAGACGUGGCUCUGUCCCCAGAGAACCCGGUAUCUGAGAAGGAGAGACCCAGCCUGACCUAGCCAACGCUAGCCCACGUGCCUGUAGCUGACACCUAGUCGAGGCCGUUCCCAGCUGCAGUGUGCUGUGUGAGGAUUACCUCCCAGGAGAGGGGUGUGUUAGUCAGUCUACAAGCGUUUGUUAAUUGCUUAUUGUAUACCAGCCACUGUGUAGUUCCGUGGGGAUGCAAAGAAAAGCAAAAACAGCCCCCGCUGUCAUGGGGGAGUCAACAUGAAAUUAAUUAGGUACCUAUAUGAUGCAUACAGCGUCAUUUGAAGGUAGACAUCUGGUUGCCAUUAGUUCCUGACCAAGGCCAGCAACAGGAUGAACUGCCUACGGAGGGCUAUAGUGGCCUGGGAUCACUCUGUGGGGCUCCACUUUCUUUCCAGAUCUGCUCUGAGACACAGCCCAUGGCAGCUUGAAGGAAGCUGCCCUUUACAGGGCCUCUGCCAGUUCCUGAGGGGCUUCCACAGCAGUGGAAGACUAACUUCAGAUUCAGAGCCAGUCCCUAUGGUGAGGCCCCCUGCAGUGUCCACCAAGGCCUUGGAGCCAUACGAGGACUUCUUUGAGAAAGCGUCUGGUGGGCAUCGAGAUAAGACAGGGUUCUCAAGGGCAGUCAAGGCCUUUACCCAGCGGGACGUUCGGAAGCGGGGCCAUGUUGAUUUCAUCUACUUGGCUCUUCGAAAGAUGCCAGAGUAUGGGGUGGAGCAUGACCUGACCAUCUAUAACCUCCUGCUGGACAUCUUCCCCAAAGAGGUUUUUGUGCCUCGAAACAUGCUGCAGCAGAUCUUCAACCAUUACCCCCGUCAGCAGGAAUGUGGUGUGAAGGUGUUAGAUCAGAUGGAGAACUACGGGGUCAUGCCAAACAAGGAAACUGAGUUUCUGCUGCUACAAAUUUUUGGGCGCAAGAGUCACCCCAUGCUCAAAUAUCUGCGCCUGAUGUACUGGUUCCCCCGCUUCAAGAACAUCAAUCCCUUCCCGGUGCCAAGACCGCUACCCAAGGAUCCCAUCAAAUUGGCCAGCCAUGGUCUGGAGCGUAUUGCAGCUGACCUGAGUGCCAGAGUUACUGUCUACCAGAUGCCUGGGCCAGAAGAUCUUGGAGGUGACCCACCACAGCCUCACAUUGUGGGCAUCCAGAGUCCUGACCAGCAGGCUGCCUUGGCUCAACACAACCCCGCUCGGCCUGUCUUUGUCGAGGGCCCCUUCCCACUGUGGCUUCGAGACCAUUGUCUUUACUACCAUGUGCUUCGGGCUGACCUGCUGCCUCCAGAAGAGAGAGAAGACAAGGAGAUCGGGCCAGAGAGGAACUUCUAUUACCCCAUGCAGCUGGAUGUGGAGUUGGAUCGAGGACCCUGGGAUGACUAUGAGUUUGAUGUGGAUGAAGUGGAAGAAGGUCCAGUAUUCGCCAUGUGUAUGGCUGGAGCACAUGAUCAGGCCACACUUGCCAAGUGGAUCCAGGGCUUGCAGAUCACCAACCCAACACUGGCACACAUACCGGUGGUCUUCCGCCUGGGAGCAAUGGCAGGGGAACUCCAACUUGCUGAACAUCAGGAAUGCCAAGGCCAGCACCACCAGGAGCAGAGGGAGCAGGUGUCUCGAAAGGAAGAAGAGGAAGAGCCAUCCCCAUCCCAUAUCCGACACCAGGGCCAGAGCUGAGCCUCGGCCUGAAAGAGUUCUUAGACUGAGCGUUCUUUACUCUCUGUCAGGUGUGGCUUUGGCUUAGUGUAAAAGUGGAGGCUGGGCUCGAAGCACCAAACAGUGAUGGGAAUGGAUUGUGAUGCCGGCUUUUCCACCUCCUCCCAGGGGAUGAGAACUUAACCUUGCUCAGCUAUUUGCCCUUCUUGAGAAGGAAGCAAUAAAGUGUCAUCCUCGGGGA